AUGGCUGACAAAAAUAAAUGUAAAAUCUCAAGUGGGAUUUGUGGUUUGAUAGAUGUGUGGUGGCAGGAAGCGAGCAGAGGGGCCGGAGGGCCGCAUCCUCAGGAUCUCGCUGUUUUAACAGUAAUGAACAUUGGAGAUUGGUGCCAGAUGACACAAACUCCUGGGUCAGAGACAGAGGACUCCUACUAUUGGCACAGCCAGCAGCAUGAGCAUGAGCAUCAGUUCCCCAUACCUCCCAAGUCCCACAGAGUGGAGUUCAUGACAGCCCUGGUACAGGCACAAGAGGUGUCUAGCUACCCCAUCUGUGUGGAUAACUUGAAAGAUCCAGUAACCAUCACCUGUGGGCACAGCUUCUGUUGCUCAUGCAUCAACAUGACUUGGAAAGAUCUAGGUGAUGCCUUCCCCUGUCCUGUCUGCCAUUUUUGGUUUGGAGACAAGAACAUCAGGAGCAAACAGCUCAGUCAUUUGACUGAAAUUGCUAAUUUACUCCAGAUCAGAAGGAGCAUGUGGAAGGGGCAGGAAGAGAAUUCUGUGUGUGAGAAGCACAAUCAGUUUCUGACCCUUGUUUGUGGGAAGAACCUAAAGGUUUUAUGUACACAGUGCUGUUUCUCCAUUCAACACCAGAAACACUACAAUUGCCCCAUCGUGAAAGCUGCCUCUCAUCACAGGAAAAUUCUAGAAUGUACUGUUGAGCCCUUGAAGAGUGAUAUGGAACAAGUUGAAAAAGUGAUAACUCUGCAAGCCAGCCAAUCAGUUGAACGUGAGAAACAGGUUAAAUGUAGGAGAGAAGAAAUAAAUUCUGAAUGUGAGCAAUUUAGACUGUUUCUACAGAAUCAGCAAGAGGAUAUUCUUAGGCAGAUGGAAGAUGAAGAGAUGGACAUUUUAACAAAACUCUAUGAAAACUUUGUAACAUUUACAGGUCAUGCUUCCAUACUGAAACAUCUGCUGAGGGAGGUAGGGGAAUCUUGCCAUGACGUAAGAACAACCACUCUGCGGAUGUGUUCAAGCAAGUUUGCUGCUGUUGGAUUUCAUAAAGCUUUGACUGAAGAACUGGCUGCCUUAGAAAAAACUGGAGUCAAAACAACAUGUCUCUGCCCUAAUUUCAUAAACACUGGCUUCAUCAAAAACCCAAGAACCAGAGGGAUAGCCUUUGAGGAAAAAGGAAACAACCUCUAG